AUGGUCGCGGGCGGCUAUGGCAGCUCGGCCGUCGUGCGUGCUCGUGGUGGGCGGCCUCAUCGUCCCCUACCGCCCUACGGCUUCGACAUCGCCGCGACCGUCUCCAACAGCCACCGGUCCCCCUCAGGCAACAUCACUCGCGUCCUCACCGAAGCCCGGGGGUUCAAUGUGGCCGCCUCCUUGCUCGAGGCCUCCGGCGUCACGGAUGACUUCGAGGCCGAUGAGCGCGGCGCCCGCAUCACCAUCUUUGCCCUCCUCGCGCAAGGCACCUCCCUGCACGCGACCAGCAAUGCGGGUGUAUGCACCCUCGACCCGUUCGAAGAAAUGCCGGACCACAACGGUCACAAUGAUGGCCCUGUACACUGGAAUUAAAAAGGUGCGUGCUGGUGGAUGCUUUUGAUUUGUGGCUACCCUGCUUUGGAUGUGCAUACCUAUGUCUUCAAAAUCGUCUGGAUCACCUGCUG